CGAUGUUACAGCGAUGGGUGUGUAUCCGGAGUAGUUAGAUAUUCAAAAUCGAAAGACUUUUCAAAAAGACCGGUGGUGAGUAAAGUAUCUAUUUUAGGCUUACUUAAAUACACAGUUAAUCUCUGUUUUUAUCCUGCUUAGUUAUUGUAACAUUAAACACACUGAAAUAGGCAGUGCAAAUUACAUCACGCAUUUAGUUCAACAACAGAUCUCGGGCUAGCUUGCUUGCAAACUGCACCGGUACCAAGGGUGAAUCCAUUACGCCGAUUCUGUUGCAAAACGUUUCUUAAACGGAAGUCAACGGAACGAAACGUGGAGGGACCUAACUGAAUUUGUCCUAUAUAAACUCUUGUUUUGCUCUGUUUGGUUCUUAAACGGUUUCCGUAAUGAAUACGCCCCAGCACUCACAAAUUAGCUAGCUAGAUACCCUGUUUAUUUUAGCCAGAAACGGUGAAACCACAGAUGAGGAGGGGAAACCCCGAAUUAGUUAAGUGUCUUUGAUGGAACUAUCUCAUUUUAUCACACAUUGAACACGUUUAUAUCAGGUAGAUUGCUAAUUUAAGGCCGUUACAACAACACCACAACUACUUAGACUGGUGAAACUGAGUUAAGUCGUGACGAAUUCCUGUCUACUAAAUGCACUGACACAAACAUUGUUGUGUAGUAAACCAAGUUCGUUAACUCCUCUCUGCUCUCUCUCCUGUCUGUGUGUGUGUGUCAGAUUAUGGAGCUGCGGCCGUUGGUCAUGUGCUUUGUGCUGUGCGUGGUCUAUGCCUUUAGUAAACCCACCAUCGAGAAAAAGGACCGCGUCCACCAUGACGACCCGCUUAGCAACCGCGACCAUGAAGAUGAAGAGAACUUUGAUUAUGACCAUGAGGCAUUUCUAGGACAGGAUGAGGCCAAGACCUUCGAUCAGCUCACGCCUGAAGAGAGCAAGGAGAGACUUGGGUAACACACACACACACACACUCUAAGCAGCUGCAUCUUGUAUAGAAGCGAGAGAGAUGGAUUCGUAUAGAAGAGAUGAAAAGAUGGAUUAACACUUCAUCUCUCUCUCUCCCUACAGUAUGUUAGUAGAGCGUAUAGAUGAGGACAAGGAUGGGUAUGUGUCAGUAGAGGAGAUGAUAAAGUGGAUCAAACACAGUCAGAAGAGGUGGAUCUAUGACGACGUGGACCGCCAGUGGAAAGGUCACGACCAUAACGGAGAUGGACUGGUGUCCUGGGAGGAGUACAAGAAUGCUACAUACGGAUACAUACUGGGUACGGGGAUACACACUCUGAAAGGAGUAUAAGAAUGUAACCUACGACACCUGACCAGUACCUUUUUACUGGAAGGUCUGACUUAACUUUUCUAAUUGAUGUGUGUGACCUUUAGAUGAUCCAGACCCAGAGGAUGGCUUCAGCUACAGACAGAUGAUUUCACGCGAUGAGAGGAGAUUCAAAAUGUCUGACCUGGAUGCUGACCUGAAGGCCAAUAAAGAAGAGUUUACAGCCUUCCUCCAUCCUGAGGAGUACGACCAUAUGAAGGAUAUAGUUGUACUGGUGGGUCACACACACACACACACAACUUAAAUGUUGUAUUUAUUGUCUAAGGUAGCCAGCCAGUAACAUCUCUGUGCCUCUACCCUCUCCUGUAGGAGACCAUGGAGGACAUCGAUAAGAACGGAGAUGGCUUCAUAGACCUGGAGGAGUACAUAGGUAAGUUAUUACCUGUUAUAACACCUGGAGGAGUACAUAGGCGAUUUAUAGCAUCAGCUGAGCCCGAGUGGGUGAGAACAGGGCGAGCAGUUCAUUUACAUUUCUCUCUCUCUCCCUUCCCUUUCUUUCACCUCUCUCCCCUCCUCAAGGUGACAUGUAUAACCAGGAGGGUGAUCCUUCAGAGCCGGAGUGGGUGAGGACAGAGAGAGAACAGUUUACUGAGUUCAGAGACAAAAACAAAGAUGGCCGCAUGGACAAGGAGGAGACCAAAGACUGGAUCCUACCUUCAGACUACGACCAUGCAGAGGCAGAAGCCAAACACCUGGUCUACGAGUCCGAUAAUGACAAGGUUUGUGUUGUGUAUGUACACGUGUUGAUGUGUGAGCUAGUUUUGUGUUUGUGUGUGUGCGCAUGUGAGCAAAUACUGAAACUCUGUUUUCUCUCUCUAUCGCUCUAUAGGAUGGCAAACUGACCAAGGCAGAGAUUGUUGAGAAGUAUGACCUCUUCGUUGGUAGCCAGGCUACUGACUUUGGAGAAGCCUUGGCAAGACACGAUGAGUUCUAACCCUUCCACUUCCGACGCUGGGUUGGGCUCAAUUCCAAUUCAAUUCAGUCAUGGAAUUGAAAUCCCAAUUUAAAAGUAGUGCGCUAUAUGGAGUGACAUUUGAGAUGGAGCUUUUCACUCCAAUGCCAAGGACAAUCAUUUAUUUGAUUUCCUGGCCUAUUAUACACACUAGUGAAUACAUCACUUUGUACUAAGUAGUGCACGAUCAGGACACACCUCCUUGUUCCAGCUCCCCCUCCACCACCCUCUCGUCCAAUCCGGACAAUGGAAAGGAUAUAUAGUAUUUCCUUUGGUUUGUCUUUGUUUGCAGAUCAACUUUGUUAUUUAAAAAGAUUUAUAGAAUAUAGCAGUAAGCGUUUGUUCAAACAAGGUUGCAAAAACAAUCUAUCAUGCAUGCAAUUAAGUGCCGAACUGCAUGUUGGGGUCAAUUCAGUUUUCAAUUUAGGAAGUGAAUUAAAAUGUAAUAGAAAACAAACUGAAUUGAUCUCAACCCUGGUGUGUAUAGCCUUGUGUGUAUUCUGCUAUGCACUGGACUAUGAAGGGGAGCUAUAACACGGGCGGGCCAUCUGUGGGCUACCACCACAAACUGCUCUUUGAUUUGAUUAACUAGCAAUUUCUUCAUACCACCACUCUCCAAAUGUGGUCAAUCCUCCCAGGUUUAGGGUUAGUGGUUGUAGCCCACGGAGUAGUCCUCAUCAAAGCUUCAUGAAGAUAGUUUGAAUGCGAGCAAUUACUUCAUCACCAGAUGGGCUGUGCGUUGGCCAAUAGCGGUCCUCCGUGACCCCUGUGUGUGCAGGUUUUAGUCCCUUGGUAAGUCUUAAUUAGGGGUUAGAUCAGUGUUUCUCAACUUCAGUCCGAGAACCCCCAGGGUCAUACAUUUCUGAUCUAGUCCCUGUACUAGCACAAAAUAUUCAUAGCCCUGUGCUAGUACAGGUCUGGAACAUCCUUUUGUUUUAUUUUGGAAUCUGCUGAAUUCUAUGCUGUACUACACACUCCUACAUAUACUACACAGACCUACUACACUAAUUAUGUUUGGAGGAUUAUUAAAGUCAGUUUUCCCCUAAGGCUUCUUCCUUAGUUAUCGUCAUAAUAACUGUAUAACGCCCCUCACUUACUUUAUGACGCUCUAUAACCACUGUUAUUGGUCUGGUUCAACUUCCCUUAAGCCCUUUGUCAUAAGGGCUACAUAACAUUGCCAUAACAAUGACAUAUACAGUCAUGAAUGUUGGUGUAAAGUCAGUUGUGAUAAACUGACACAAAGUAUGAUUGUUUAUGACAUGUUAUGUCAUGUUUUCAAGUGUUAUGUAGCCCUUAUGACGGUUCUAGUAAAGUGUUUCCGUUGUCUUAUAUGAUAUGUUAUAAUGUAUAUGAUAUAGCUGUUUUUUACACACUUAAUGCAGCGCCAAGCCUGUCACUGGUGACUACCCUGUACAUACAUUGUCACCUGUUGCCUUGUCGACAGUGUGUGUUUUUCUGAUUAAAAUGAUAUUGUGGAGUA